AUGUCGAACCGGCGCGUCCCCCUCGCCAACCUGCAAAACGCUACCAACUCCCCGUUACGCGCGACUGCCAUAGGAGGAAAGCGCCAACGCUCCCACGCCAGCGAGCAACGCGAUGUCCCCUAUGGCCAGCCACCACCCAAAAAACAGCUCAUCGAGGUCGAUGAUGCUGAAGCUCGCCGUCACGGCCUUAUUCGUCGGAGUGGGGCCCAGCCCACGGCUUUGACUCGCAAGCUGGAAGCAGCAAGAGAGACCAAGGCCCCGUCAAAGCAGGCCGCACAGCGUGCAUCACACGACCUAGAAACGAUUCGACAAUGGCAGCGUCACUACCGCAAGCUGUUUCCCCAGUUUGCGUUCUACUUUGACAGCGUCUCAGAACCCCAGAAAGACAAACUUUUGAACAGGGCACGCGUCCUAGGUUCCCGAGAAGUCAAGUUCUUCUCUCGGGAAGUCACCCAUGUCAUCACGACGCGUUCCAUCCCCGCCGACCUCGAUGGCAGUUCAUCCUCCCACAAAGGUACCGUCAAUCCGGCCCAGCUGGAGAACAAGAAGUCCAUCUUCGAUGCCGCCCUCGAGAAGUCCGACCGUGGUGAUAUCCUGUACAAGGCUAAGAGCUUGGGUAUGAAGAUAUGGUCCGUCGAGAAGUUGCAGCGCAUGGUGGAUACCAUGUUCAACAAGGAAACUGGGGAGGACGCGUCUACCCAUUCGACACGUCAGGCGGUGGCUACGCAGCACAAGGGUCGUCCUGCCGAUCUGCAAAGGCUGCUACAAAAUGAGAAGUUGGACCGCGACUACGUCAUGGCCUCGCAGGACAUGAUUCCGCUCCGUGGAUACUACGUCUACGUGCACGAUAUGGACGAGGUUACCCGACCCGUCAUGAUCCGAGAAUACCAGAAGGUUGAGAAAGAGAAGGGCAAAUGGCCGCAGUUCCGUGCCUCCGGUAACGGCAAGUGCCCAUUCGUGGAGGAUCCCCAUUUCGGCCGCCGACAGCAAGAAGAGCAGGAAGCACGCCGAAGGCAGGCUGCCCAAGCGCCACGGACGCGUGCUGCUUCAGCUAUGGAAGAGAAGAAUGCUUUGGGAGAGAACAACAACCUGGCAAGGCGUCCCAGCGCUCCUGCUGCCAUCGUCAAAGAAGAACAGGAUGGAGAUGCGAAACCGUUAGAUCCUCCGAAGGCCCUUCCCCCCAAGCGAUGCAACACGGCAGACGGCCCACCACCCAUGUUUGGCAGUGCUCAGGCUAGCAUCCGAGCCAUGCCCCGUUUCAUCGCUGGUGAGCCGGUCGCGUCUGGUCUACACCAAUCGAACAUCACGUCCGCUAUCCGCUCGCAAAUGAUCUCCUCGACUGCUGCUGCCCCUCGUGCUGGAAACAGCAAGGAAGUCAACCAGCUGAAACGAAAGGUCCUCGAGAAGAACAGCGUACCGUCGGCGAAUACGAACAGUGGCCAUUCGUCCGUUACAAACGAUGUCAGGGCUGCGCUCAGCUAUGAGCAUUCUCAACCCAUGCGCGCGGCAAAGCGCAAGGCCCAGGAGAAUAUGGGUCACACACACGAUGAUGGAGACGAAGAAAGACAAGCUCGUAAAGCAGCUGCCCUCCGCAGGCGCAAGACUGCUGAGAAGGAGCUGAAGCCUGGUUACUGCGAGAACUGCAGGGAGAAGUUCAAUGACUUUGACGAGCACGUCGUUUCCCGCAAGCACCGCAAGUUCGCAGUCACCACGGACAACUGGGUUGAGCUUGAUCAGCUACUCGCCCAACUUGAUCGUCGAUGA